AUGUCGUUGUUCAAAGCGAGAGAUUGGUGGGCAACUUACGCUGGUAGCGACGAGGAAUUUGAUUUGGGUUGCUUGUGUGUGGCAAAUAUUGAUAAUAAUGCUUCAGAAUUUGGUAAGUUUGCGAAGGAUCUAUUCACUGCAAGCAUCUCCAAGCGUCCGGUGAUUUUAUGGGUUUCCAUCGCAAGAACUGGAAGUCGCGAACUACAAAAAAUCGAAUGAAGCUUUUCAUUUAAUCGUUUAAUACUCAGAGGAACUUCAUGUGUUUGCGAUUGCCAUGCUUAAUUAUAUAAUUUUUUUUUUCGUUGAACGAAACAUUUUCGGUUAGUUUUCCAGGACUUAGCACCUUAUUAAUUGCGAAUAACGUGACUUAGGAUUGACAUUAUUAUCUAAAACUUCAAGUCGAGUUUUAGUCUUGUUGCUAACGAGCUCUCUUUGUUAUUGUUUAUGAUAUCCAUGACUAAAACUGUUAAUAUGUUUUGAAGUGUUAUAGAAAAAAAAUUGUUCGUCUUCUUAAGCUUUUUCUCGGAUUUGCUAGGGAAAAAUCUUGACUUAUUUCUUGACUUGUAGUUGCGAACUGAAAAAUUUUUAGCGAUAUAAAAAUGAUAUCAGUUUAGUAUUUUUCAAGUUAGACAACUGGAUUGUUAAUUUUUUUUGUUGCAGAUAAAAUUAUAGUAGGAAGCUAUCAUGGAAUACUUCGAAUUUAUUGCCCAAAGCCCCCAAAUUUUAAACCUGAUGACCUUAUGCUGGAGGUCCAACUUCAGCAACCCAUAUUGCAAGUGGAAGUAGGGAGAUUUGUUUCGUAAGUAGUUAAUUGGUUUUUUUGUUAAGCCUGGUUUCCAUAUGAUCAUCCAGAUUGCCUUAGUCGUUUGAAAAUAAUAAUGUUCGGGCGAUUGGGACUAUGAUACCGGAAAACAUUUCUCGGAUGAUCGCGAAAGACCCAGAUGACUGAGAGUACCUUGAUCAUUUGGAUAGAAUUGAGUUCUACCUGGAAAUUCGGGAUGAUCGUGUAAAUUUGAGGUGAUCAUAUAGAAACAUUCUCAGAUGACUGAGGUGAUGGGAACAUUGUAAAUGGUAUCCCAGAAAUCUUCACUCUUAUCCCAGUAAUCAGAGAGUAAUUAGGCCUGGACACCACUGAAGCCAAACAUUGUUUAUAAACAAUCGCAUGAACUUUGUCAUGUUUUUGCGCGGCUACUCUGAUGGGCUAUUCCCUUGUUGCUUGAGUAAAAGAUGGACCCACUUCUGCAAUAAAGCUAACUGCAUGUACUUAUCAUUCUGGCAACUCUGUCUGCUUUCAGAGGAAUUGAUCAACUUCAUUUAGCUGUUCUUCAUCCAAAGAAGCUUGCUGUUUACAGUGUUUCAGGUAAGCUAGAAAAAAUCAGUAAGGAGUGAAGUUCAAGAUCUUCUUACUUUUUUAGCUGGUCUAUCAAUUUUAUGAGUAACGUCUUUUAGAUGAGUCUUCAUUUCUUGUGAACUGCGAAGUCAAAUUAAUUAAUGGAUGAUUAGGGGGUUGAAAUUUGUAUUAUCAUGUGGACAUAUAUUAUUAUUUUAUUUAUGUGUAGUAAGUAUUGUUCUGUAGCAGGGUUCUCAUUAAAUUUUAAAGUAAAUGUACAAUGUAGACAGCUAGGAUGUAAGAGUAGGCGGCUUGCCAAUUGAGUGCUGCAAGCAAUUUCAGGCUUCCACUCUCUCACUUCCUGGCCCUAUUUCCCCAAAAAGUAGACAGCUCAAACCUCCAAGUAGCCGGUUAUUUAGCCCGCUGCAGGCACUUAAUGAGAGCACUGUGUAGUGAUUGAAUUUAAACGGAUAUUGUAUUACAAUCGAAUUUAAUAUCUUGACACUUUGUGCUUACUGCGCUUUUCAAAAACAGGCAAAUUCUGAAGUUUAAAAGCAAACGCACGGACAUUUUUUUUUUGCCUGCCAUCAAUCAUCUUAGUGGACCUCUUAGGAAACAGAACUUUACUUUAACAGGUUCAAAAGGUCAUGGGUUUGUGAUUUUAAUUGUGAUUGGUGGAUUUUGAUCCGUUUUGUGUGUUUCUGUGUUUCGGGGUUCGUUGCUUGUGAUUGUAAUUAUGAUUAACAGCUGCGAAAAACGCGAUAUUUUGUGAAAGCAGCUUUUGAACUUUAGAGUGUUUGUUAAAAGCGCUGUGAUUAACCCUACAAUACAAAAUCCAUUCUUCUACAAGUUUCUUUUACACUGUACAGUAUGUGCUAAAUGUAUUAACUAAUUGAAUGUUCUGCCUCACUCUAGUGAUAUCAGGAGCUGUAGAACAUGGAAAUCAUUACACUCUUAACCUGGCUUAUGAACAUAUCUUGGAGAGAACAGCUUGUAACAUGACAUAUGGUCCUUUUGGUGGAGUCAAAAGUGAGUUCUCUUGUUAUGUACGUUGUACAUGUCUAUUUGUAGUGUGUUGAUUAUACUGCAGAUAGAACACUUGUAGCAGCAGUGCUGUCAUUAAGGGAGGAGGGCUGUUAUGAACUUGACCCCCACCUACGUUUGUAGGAAAAUAGAAGAAAAAUAGAAACAAGCAAAUUCCCUAGCUGUUGAAUGCCCAACCUUCUUGUAUCAUCAACCUGCAACUGGAAAUUUUAAUGACAGCCCUGAGCAGCAAAAAUAGAGGAUAAUAAUUUUAUUACAGAUCCUUGCAGAGAUACGAAAUUUGCUCUUGUGUUGAUGUUGAAAAAUAUUUUAGAAUGAGCACAGUUAAUGAGUGAAAUAUUUUUCAAUGCAAGACAAGAAGAUAAAUAAUAAGAUAAUUAUUUCAUACCUCAUCUCCAAACGGCCACGCAAUGUUCUAUUAUUUUGAUAUAAACACCAAUGAAACGUCAAACAAUUUCACUUAUAGAUAGUUGUUGUAACAUGUACAACCUAUAUGUACACUUCAAGGUAAAAGGUCUAUAUUGUAUUUAAAAGAUUUAAGUUUUUCUAACAAUUAACACCAUGGGAAAAUGUACAGAACAGUGUGAAAAACAAUAUAAAGAUUUAUUUCCAUUGAUCUCAGGCAAUGAUUUUGGUACCUCUACAUCCUGUGUCCCUGAUGCAUAAAAAUUCUCGAGGUCGCAAAAUAAUAUCAUUGAUGGCUUGCAUCCUUUGGAACGCAACGAUCGAUCGCGAUCAAUUGAUCUAUCUAAAGAUGUGUCUUGAAGAAUGCCGUGUUUCCACAAUAUGAAUUGAAGAGUAAUAUCGUCUGCUCGUUAACUAGGUUAAGAACAAGUUCUGUUGUGAACAAAUAGAUAGAAAAAUUUCCAUGGGGAUGCAAUUCACCGAUAAGAUUUUUUUUAAAGCAGCCAUGUUUAUUUACCUGGUACAUGUAGAUGUAUGUUUGCCAUAUAUGGAAAGCAUGUGGCUGAACCAAGAUGGCUGACAGUGGUUCGAAGUACGGCAAAGCUUUCGUCUAACUGAUUCUAAGCUUCAAGGGCUUAUGUUAAAAUAUGAAAAUUAGAAAAUCCCACCCAAAAAUGUUUUGCACUUAUGCUGGAAAAAAAAAGAUAAGUUUCUGAUGAGAGUGACAGCAUUGCUGUUUUCUAUUUUUUGCUAGAAAGACUGUAAUUUGAUUUCAGUACACUGACUGUAAUGUAUUAUGGAGAUAGGUGCUUUCUAUUGAUAAUGUCAGGUACAGAUUAAAUGCGAUCAUCUGGUUUCAUGAGGGUUAUGUCAUCUUUUAAUACAGAAUUAAGGACUCUAAUGUUUUUUGAACUGGGACGCAUUGAUUCUGGACUGGGACUCAUCAGGGCUUCUGAUAUUUCGCGCGGUCGCGGACCCGCAAAAUUCUGGUAUUUCCGCGAAAUCCCGCAAAAUUCCCCAAAAAACGCGAAUUACCGCGAAAUCCGCCGGAAAUAUUUCCAAAUACAUGUCGGCAAAACAUAUUUAAUACUUAUCUUGGUUAUUAGACCUGUUUUAUUCACCCCAAACGUCCAAAUUUAUCUUGAAACUUCGUCAUGUCACUGCAACGAGUAAACAACAUCUCAAAACUGCCACGCGUUCUUAGAUGAACGUUGCGAAAAACUGGGCACUAACCAUAAUGUUAAUAGCUUUAGCAUUCGCUCAUUUCUCGAGCGAACUGUUGUUGAAAUAGCCUGAUUCUCAGACGUCCGAGGUCGUUCACGGUCCCUUUCGCUUCCCUCGAGGGAAGCGAAAGGGACCGCGAACGACCUCGGACAUCUGAGAAUCAGGCUAUUGUUGAAAGAGCAAAUGAUCAUCCCUGUUAAAAAAACGUUAAACAACGCUGGUCAUAUUGACGCAAAAUUGAUUGAUUUUAGCGAAAUUUCCUGGCAAAAAAAAUCCAGCGAAAUCGGCUGUUUUUUACUGAUUGUUUCUUGGCCAAGUUUCCCCCCAAAAUUUCCUGUGAAAUCGGCCGAUUCUUCUAAUAAUUUGCCCCUGAAAAUCCUUCGAAAUUUGACUUUUUUCCGCAAAAAUCCCGCGAAAUCGGCCAAUUUUUCUGCUUAUUUUGACUUUUCUUGCGCAAAAAUCCCGCGAAUUCGGCCGGUUUUUCCACGAAUUUGCCCCUGAAAAUCCCGCGAAAUUUUGCUUUUUUUUCCGCGAAAUAUUAGAAGCCCUGACUCAUAAUUUAAGAUGAGUCCCAGGACUCACUAUUAGCAAAUUGAAAAAAAAAGAACUCCUCAGGGCUUAGUAAAAGAGAGUUACAAAGUAGCCAUCAAGUCCAAUCUGCCUUUCUUUUUGUUUUAGACAAAGAUUUUAUGUGUGUCCAAUCCAUGGAUGGCAUGCUGUCAUUUUUCGAACAAGAGAGCUUCGCAUUUGGAAGAUUUCUUCCUGGAUUUCUUCUCCCUGGGCCAUUGAGAUACAUCGCCAAGACUGAUUCAUUUAUAACUGUCAGUUCUUCUAGACUGGUGGAAUCUUACAAGUAUGUGGCCUUGUCUCAGAACUGUUAUUCUCCCGCGUGUAAUAGUCCAGUUUCGAAUUAAAAAUGCCACUGAAUAGAAACAUUAACGACACAUUCAUACAGGGUUAGCCUGAAUGUAAAGCAAAAUGUUCAGAAAUUCUAGCAAGUAAGUGUUUGAAAUUUGAAUAUACACAAUAGACAGAGUAAAAAACAGGUCUUUUUCUUGUUGGAAUUUGUGAAUAUAGUACUCAGAAGGAGGCUAAGCCUGUAAAAAUGGGGACUUCACUUCUUUAGUUCAGCGGUCAUAGCAAACUCAAAACUAGACUAUUUAAAUCUACUUGUACAGGGCUGUGCUUGUGUUGACUUAAUUACAGCUGUACAAGUUUGUGUUUUUCGACAACAAGAUGUGUUUGUACACUGCAAAUGUACAAGUAGCUAAGAGGUACCCACCAGCAAUUGGUUUUACAUGAUGGUAAUGGUGAUGAUGAUGAUGAUGAUGAUGAUGAUGAUGACAGUAGGGAUCUUUAGCAUCGACGACGGUGAUGGCAGCAAAAACGUCACUUUGAAGAGGCAUUCGUGUUGUUUCAAACAUUGUCACGUUUAUUCCAAUCCCCUGAAAAUGUCAACUGUAAUGGAAUUUUACUAGAAUUGAUUUCUUAGGGACUGCAUUACGUUGAGAAAGAGAAAGAAAAAAUUGCUGUCCCUUGUUUACAUCCUUCACAAAGCGUGAAAUUAGGCAUUUUCACGUGGUAGUUGUGGAGUGACAGCAAAGAAAUGUACAAAAAAGCGUGAUGCACGAGCAAAGUUGUUGUUUUGCUUAACAAACCCAUUGCUCUUUUCUCGUUCUCAUUGCUCUCGCCGUUGUCAUUGCUAAAGCUCCCUAGUGAUGAUGGUGACGGUAACGAUGAUGAUGAUGAGGAGGAGGAGGAGGAGGAUGAUUUGGCAGGCAAUACUAACAGUUUUAUUCUAUUUGAUGUGCAAAAAUUUUAAGUCUUACUGGUCAAACAGGUACACUUAAUCACUAAGUUGCUGAUUGAUCGAGUACUGCUGUACAUGUAUAAAAUGUACAAUAUACCUGUGUUACAUUUAAACUGAAAGGAUUGUAACCACUUUAAGUCACGGUGUCAUGUUCUAAUUAACUCAAUGCACCUAUGUUUACAGAUAUCAGACUUUAGCUGUCGCCACUGAUGCUAAUACAAAAGAGGAUAUUGGAAACAAAAAAGUGUCUGGAAAGAAGUUAACGGUACUUAUUCAUGACAUGUACAUUGUUUGGUCUUAUAGAUUGUCUUUACAAACCCAAAAUUUUCUUCUCUCAAUCCCUAGAAACCUGUCAAAAAUAAUUUUAAUUUUAACUUUUUUUAAUUAAAAGUGUGGGUUUUUUAUUACAUGUACCACUGUAUGUCUUCUGAAUACAGUAACUUUGUCUUAAAUUCAUCACACAAGCGUCAUACACGCCGUAUGUACUUUGGGUACAUGCAUGUGGGCUGCAGCAAAACACAGACACAUUGAUGAACUGUGAUACAUUGUUUUUCUUCCUAAGAUAUGAAUAAGCAUAUUUGAAGGAGAUCUAUAUCAUUUUAAUUGUUACAUUUUGUAGAUUUACAAAACAAUCAUGGCAUAUGCUAGCCUACAUUGGAAAUUUUGUGAAAUCACUGUCCUUAACAUUCCUUACCCAGCCUCCACAUUUUUGUAAGGCAAUUUAUGAUGGAGACACAAAAAAAAAACAAAAAAGCAAACCAUCCCUCCUUUGCAUACAUGUACUUUUUGGUUUCAUUCAAGGUGGGGGACAAGGUGGUGAACACUCCACUUACAUAUAGUAUCUUGGAGUAAUGAUCUACUGUACAUCAGGUUGAAAUUCAUCACACCUUUUUGUCAUAGUGUCUAAAAAUGUUUUGGUGAUGGAAUAAAGAGCUAUUUUCUUUGGUAUUUUUGUCAAAAGUGCAAUGUAAUGCUAGUAGUUUGGCAGUGGUUUCCCUGAUGGCUACCAACUGCCGACAAUCAGGCCCCAGUUGUUCAAAUGUCAGAUAGCACUAUCCACCAGAAAAAUCACUAUAUAGUGUAAAAGUAUUAUGGAAACUAGUUGCACUAUCCAGUGGAUAGAGAUUUACAUUGUAUCUACUGGAUAACGCUAUCCAUCUAUUGAACAACGGGGACCAGAAAAUAAUGCCCCAGAUGAGAUGAAAGUUAUGAUGAAAUGUGUAAUUCCUUUUUUCUUUCAGAUGGACUGGACUUGCAAUAUUGGUGAAAGUGCUAUUGACAUUGUGAUUUUCAGCAGCUCAAACGCACCUCUUUCAAUAUUUGUCUUAGGUGAGGCAUAUGAAGUUUGCAUUACUAUUAAUUCAAAAGGCAUAGGUAGUAGGCAUCCUACUGAUGAACAGUUAUGACUUAUAGAUGCUUCAAGCAACCAUAAUUUGCCGUCUGUCCUCUUUGAUUUGCUAUUUUAAUGCUACUCAACUUUGAUGGUAGAAUUUUUUUUCUUUGCAGGGGAACGUUCACUGUUUUGUUUAAAUGACAACGGCUCAGUGAGAUUCAUGAAAAAGUUUGAAUACAAUCCUAGUUGUUUUAUUCCUUACAAUUCAGGUAUGAAUUCAGAAUAAAAUAAAAAAUAAUUAAUUAAUUAAAAUUAAAUUAAUAGCUCAUACAUGAGACUUUCUUCUAUUCUAAUUUUUGACAAUUUUGCAAAAAAGAAAUUACAUAAGUGUUUUUGUAAACUUUAAAGUUAAUAACGAAGCAACCGUUUUGUGUUUUAAGACAACUGUGUGUUGUCUUUGUUUUUAGACAACAUUGCAGUAAACCUUGCAUACGUGUGUAAGGCUACUCAAUUACCAAAGUUCAUUUUUUUCCAUGGGCAAGACUCUGUAGUUAUCUCUGAUAUUGCUCGCAAUUCUACUUUUACUGGAAGUUUGAAAAGUCGGGAUUGCAUUUAAAAAAAUUAAGUUUUGUAACGCAGAAUCUUUAUCAAACAACUAUCAGAUUUCGUCACACGACAGUGGAGACUCGGAAACAGACAUACAUGUACAGUUAAGCCAAAUACUGUACAAUGUGCAUAAAAUAAGAAUUCAAAUCCUAUGCUAUUUCCUUGCAAAGAAGGUACACCAGUUUUGUUCCUCUGUUCUGGCAGCUUGGAGAAUAGGAGUUGUUUUCUUUUCGCGUUUUUGAUAAUUUUUUGCGCGCCAUUCCCGGUCGCGUGUGUCUCGCGCUCCCCGCCCACUUCACGCUUGCCUCCGCUUGCCUGAAAACGCGAAACGUAUCGCCUGUUUCUUGUACCACAAACAUGGAGGCCGACCUCAACAGGCACGUUGACUACUGUAGGGUGGAUUUCCAAUGUCGCGUAAUUUUUACGUGCGUUCGCGUGGAUAACUUAAGCGCAAAUAAAAUAGAGGCAAUGUUUGAAAGGCUACGCGUGAACGUAAACGUUGAUCCUUGCAUAACUUUUACGUGUACGCGCGACCCUUGAUAUAAAGCCUCGUUUUUAUUUAAUACGCAAGUAACAUGACCGCGCGCAAGCACGUAAAAAUUACACGACAGUGGAAAUCCACCCUUAUCGAUGUAGUUUUUAGUUUUGAUUGGUCCUGUAACUUUUCGUUAACUUUGCUUUCAGUGGUGGAAGGUACAGUGAAUACUCUUAUAGCAACCUUCAAUAAAACGCUUAUGGUAUAUCAAGAUGUAGCUCUAACCUGGGCCGCACAGCUUCCUCAUAUUCCUGUUGCUGUCAAAGUAGCGUCAUUUCAGUAAGUCGAACACUAAGGGUGGUUUUCCACUGUCGCGUAAUUUUUACGGGCGUAAGUAUAAUAGAGGUAAUGUUUGAAAGGGCGAGAGUAAACGUAAAGUUCAGAGAGGUGCUACUUAAACGUUUACGCGCGACCUCCCAUAUAUUGCCUCUAUUUUAUUUACGCUCGUAAAAAAUACGCGACAGAUGAAAUCCACCUUAACUCAUAUAAACUAAUAUUUAUAGUUGCAAUCAACUAGCCCAGUAUUAAAAAUACAUAUCGUCUUGGCAGUGGUUACGAAAGCAAUAUGGAGAAGCCUAUUUUAUCAAUUUACUUUAAUUCAAUCUAUUCUUACGGCGUAUCGUACAAAGUGGAUGUAGAAGAGAGCGGUGGAGAAAGGACUAGUAGGAAACUUAUGAGCCAUUGAUAAUAUCUAGUCCACAGGAGAAAAAGGCAAUUCGGCAAUUUUUCUUGCAACUUGUCUCGCAUUUUGCGCCGUUGUGAAGCACCUUGCACAAGAUUGCUGUGGCGAUUUUUCCUGGCACUUGCAACGCUACAACAAAAAAUAAAAAGGUUGCGAACCUGGGCCCAAAGAGAUUGCAUUGCGUAUCAGGUAAGAUGCUGGGCAACCUGGAUUUCACUGGCUCAGAGCACUGGCUCCCUUUAAUUUUUCAAUUUUUCUUAGAGCACCGCUUUGCGGUUAACUUUAAUUACCGUUAAUCCUUUAUAAAGCCCCUUCCCCCUCAUUUAACUGGUAGAGAGCUUAAGAUUCUGAGACGAGGACAACUACGAGUUCGAGAUUUUUUUCAAUACUAAGUAGUGCUCACGCUUGAACCAGCGUCAUUUUGGCGGAAAACGUGAUAGCCGUCGUCAUUCUACAACGAGCUUAAGCGAGAACGGCGGGAACAAGUUAUCAAAUGCAAGAAGUUUUAUCAUUUUGCCAUCGGGAGAGGGCUUAACCUCCUUCAGUAUAAAUAACCAUAUUAAAUUUUUUUGGUGAAAAAAAGUAAAAUGUAGCUUUCCGGGGUGUCUUUUUUUGAGAUCACGCGCAACAACUUUUAGUUAAAUCUCGUACUCGUUGUCGUCCUCAAAUAUAAAGCUGUCUACUAGCCGAUGAAAGUAGCGAUCAUCGUGUCCUAAAAACAGUUUCAUAGUGCAAUAGUCCAGUUUCUAGUUCGCUAUGACCGCUGAAUUAAAGAAGUGAAGUCGCAUUUUUUACAGGCUUAGCCUCCAUCUGAAGUAAUACAUUCACAAAUUCCAACGAGAAAAAGACCUGUUUAUUACUCUGUCAAUUGUGUAUAUUCAAAUUUCAAACACUUACUUGCCGGAAUUUCUGAAUAUUUUACUUUAUGUCGAGGCUAACCCUGUAUAAAUUUCCCGUUAAUGUUUGUAUUCAGCGGUAAUUUUUAAUUCGAAACUGGACUAUUCGACACGCACAAACUCAAAAUAACCGAUAGGGCAGUUGCCUUGAAGUAACUGUCAUUUUUCUUGUUAUUAUUUUUUUGAUUCAGGGAAUUACAAGGUGUGAUAGUAACAUUAGAUGACACCGGUUAUCUUCACUGUGCUUAUCUGGGAACGGAUCCAUCAAUGAUGGUGACUCCUGCCCCUGAAGCCAGAGACAUUAAUUAUGAGGUGAGCACAACUGAAGGUGAAUAAGGCUAUGUUAACCGUUUAAUGUUCACCAGCACUUUACCGGAUAGGUCUUGCGCUUCACGAAAGCCAUUCCGGAGAGACGGCUUCUGUUCACAUACAAGAAGCUAAACCCGCGACGAUCUUGAAAAUAGAGCGUCACAUAUCGGAUUGUCCGAAUAAGUCCUGUGCCGCACUUUGACUCAGUGGGAACAGGUAUUCGGAUGGUAGUAGAAGUGAAUAAGUAGGAGCGAGAACUGGGACCAACUGAGACCGAACUGCGAAGUAAAUAUUCAGGAGAGGGUACUGGGAUUACCGUAAAAUUCCGAAAAUAAGCCCCUCCAAGUAUAAGCCCCUCCAAGUAUAACCCCCCCUAACCGGUAACGCAAAAAACUCUCCGUUAAAUCGCCCCUCCAAAUAUAAGCCCCUGGGGGCUUGUACUUGGAAAAUUGCCCUCAAAUACAAAGUAAAACAAAGCAAAAAAGGUAAAUUUACUUCCAACUAUAAGGCCAGCCCAAUUGAUUUUGAAACGCAAAUUUCCCUCCGCAGGUAAGCCCCUCAAAAAGGGUCUUUGAAAAAUAUAAGUCCCGGGGCUUAUUUUCGGAAUUUCACGGUAUAUGCACCAGACACUCUCGGCCGACUGCUCUGGUACGAUGUUCAAUGUGUGCGAACGACUUGUUCCUGCUUUUCGUGUCAACACAAAAGUUUAUCUUUAGUCAAAGACACCUUGAAACGGUUUUUACGCCCUAUUAUAAUAUGACUGAAUCCGUGAGCGGGCAAGAUGAAGCGAAUCCAGCAUUCUGAUUGGCUACCCGAGCAGGCAAGAUUGACCUAUCAUGCCCGCUCGGGAUUUCCCGCGUUGUUCCCGCAAGAAAGAGUUCUGUUUUUGGCCAUAUAAUAAAUCCUUUAUUGACCAAGCUUAUUCGGAUCAAGAUGCUUGUACAUGUAUAUUGAUCUCGACGAAUAGAAACGCAUGUAAGAACUGGGCCAAUAUUCAGCCAUCUUGACACCACGCUAGGUCAAUGACACAUUUGUAUAUUUUUAAUAAUUUUUCCACGAGUGCGCGUUGGAUAUGAGUUACCUAUAAUCAUCUCAUAUCCAAUAAGCGCGAAAGGAAUAAUUGUUUUAUUGAAAACGCCCACAAAAUAUCGAAAAUUCUUCCUGACUUUAUUUGUAAAAACAACCGAUUUUCAGCUUGUUUUUAAUUUUGAGCAGACGCGUACAGUUACCAUAUUUGGAGAGUAUGGUAUGAUGGCUAAGCUAAUCAGAGCUCUAUAAUUGCAUUAUCCAAUGAUUCAGUUUUUAAUAAAAACAAGUGUAACAUAUAAAGUGUUAAGUAGUUUUAACGAUGCAGACCCUUCUGUUCUUGAAUAUUCAUGUUGUGCAAAAUUUUUGUGACACUGCUCCUUGAACUGUGAUCUUCUAAGUAAGUGAUACGAUAGGACCGCACUUAGCGAUAACUUGAAUAACACUCAGCUUUCACCAAAUGCCACGCUUAAAUAUCUACUGUCAGCUCUCCCGUUCUGGUCGUCUGUUGCUUUCUCAAACAUCCUAUGAAGUUUCCAACCAGAAAGUAACGUGAAGCAUUGCAAAAUGGAUUCUAAUUCCCUUUAUUUAACUUUGUUUUUUAGGAAGCAGAUGAUGAAAUGAAAGAACUUCAAAAAGAAAUCAAGGAAUCCACCAUUAGUUCAGGUUAAAUCGUCAUUGACAUUGUAACUAUAUACUAUGCAGUUCAGCUUCAGUUCAGCGAUUUGAUAAGUUGCAUUCAGGCUGAUUCAAGUAGUAAACCGACAAUACAUGUGUAGAUCUGACUCUGACAGUGAAAUAUUGUUAAAAUUGAGAUCUUGUGAGAUAAAUGAUUGGCAAACCCUUAUUUCUUCAAUCAAACCGUCACACGACGCUUCUUGAAGUCUGAAGGAGGGGAGCUUUCACCAUUCUCCCUCGCGGGCACUUUAAACGCAGGCUCCUUUUUUUUCGAUAAAUUUGAAAAGCUACUCUCGAGCUUAUUCAGUAUAGACCGCGAGCGAUCGUCUUUCUUUCCUCAGAGCCACUCGUAGCGUGGCCUCGAACUUGGACAAUUCCACCGAAAAACCAUUACAAAACAACAUUGGAAGAGAGAAAGACAGGUAUCAGAGCAGUGAGACCCAAGUUGAGUGCCCUUGAUUGUAGUAAACCUACACUUCUUGCAAGUAUUGUGUAGAUCUAACACUAAAAAGUGAAAGGGUUUAUUCACAUUAAUUAAGAUCCCGUGAAAUACAUGUCUGAAUGUAUACACUUCUUUUAGAAAUUUUACCACGUGCGCAACAAAAAGAAGACAUUCUCCUUUCCGUCCAUGUACCAACGAGUUUGGAUGCUGUAUCGGUAAGUCAGUUAUAUUCCUGGCAUUUCUUAAGAUUAUUAUUUACAUUGUUGUCAUUAAAUUGUGUUGUAUGCUAGCAAUUUGUUUGUUGAGUCGUUUAAAAGUUACACCACUGAUUCUCUAUAAUAUAAUGUAAGGAAGAUUACAGAGAUUAAACAAAACAAAUGUUUGAUGUGGCACAGUUUUCAAACUUGAUGGUCUUUUCUAUUUGUAGCUAGCUAUUUGUAGCUACUUUACCUGUUAUAGUUUAACUAUCUGAAAGCUCACUAAAAAUCCAAGUUAUGCACUAGACAGGACUGUGGAAUAAGUAUGAGCAGAAACAUUCAUUUGCACUCAAUAAUUUGUUCUUAAUAACAGAUUUGAAUUUAGAUUUGGAACAAUUUGAAUACUUUGACAUGGUAAGACCAACACUACAGAACUAGACUGCAUUGAGCUCCAUUCGGGGUCUGUUUAUGUGAAGGGAAGCGGGCGGGGGGGGAUGGGGUGCCCCAAGUAGGUGGGUGGGGUAAAAAAUAACCCGCGUUUUCAUGCAACCUUAUAACCGUACCAUCACGGGCUGCACGUUCUCAACAUUAUUGAACAGUCGCUAAGAAAGUAAACAAAAAUGAUCGUGGGCAAACGCCGUGUCAGUUUGGUGGUUAAUGCUAUUCUAAACUCACUUGCUGCUCUUACUGCUGCCUUUAGUGCUCUGGGUUUUAGUUGUCACUUUUAAUGAUGCAAAGCAACCGCCAAAAGAGAGGUUUGGGCGAAUUUGAUGUUACAUGAACCCGACUCCGGCUAGGCGGGUUACCCCACCUUGAAACGUUUACAUGGCAAAAUUUGACCCCGACAGAAGAGGGUUAUCCGGUCUGGUAGACCGGGCAAUCCGCCUCGCUGGGUCACCCCACCUAUCGUGUAACCGUAUAAAAAAUGAAAUGGAAGAUUAUAUGUAUAUGGACAGGCGGGCUACUCCACCUAAGCGGGUUACCUCACUUACCUGGGUUCACCACCUCCAUAUAAACUGGUCAUUGGAUUUUGCUUGAGGAAGUCACUCGCGGUGCUCACUGCCAGCGUUUACGGUUAAGUGGGCAACACAAACGUACAACUUGUUCAGCAACAUUGCUGCAAAACUGGUUGAAAAAAUGUUACAAACCUCUCUUGCAACAAAUCAGGUCGUACAGGCUGCGAGAAGUUGUUGCAGAAAGUAGAGAGGAGUUCUACCUUUUACAGCGAAAUCUGUACAUGUUGCGCGUUUUACUGGCCCAAGGCCAGCAAACGUGACAUAACUUAACUCCCUGUAUGGCGUGAAUCCCACGUAAUUUUAUCCAAUCAGGAGUCAGUGUUCACGCAACAUGCGACAAACUGAUUUGUUGUAACACAGUUUUGAUGUAGGUGGUAAAACGCGCAACAUCGCUAUUGAACUCGUUUUGCAGCAAUGUUUCCAAACAAGUUGCACGUUUUUGUUGCCCGUUUUGCCGUAGCUUUAGGUUUCGUUACGUCAUGUUACGUUAUUACGUGUUAUUUGAUUUUGUGUUGUUACCAGACUGACGUUUCAUUUUCUUGUCAACAGCAAAGUAUGAUGGAUGACGGUGAUGAUGAAACGUUCCCAUCAAUCACAGUUACGGUAAGGAAACCCUUAGGUUACCAAAUAACUUUCUUAAAGUCUCGAAAAACCCUCCGGCCAGGUCUUUUUGUCACAAAUGAAAGGCCAGCUUCGUCACAGUUAUUAUUUUUUUUGUGCCAGUGACGCCAUGCAACAAGACGCAGCUGAAAGCUAUCUAAGCAAAAUUACCAAUAAACGCCGCCCUCGAAUAAACGCCGCACCUAAUCAGAAGAAUGGGGCGUUUACUCGAGGAUAAUAAGAAAAACCUCGUUCAACUCGGUAUUUUACACCAUCCACAUAUUUACGAUGGUAUCUCAGCAAAAUAAGAGAGACAAUGGAACCUUUAAAUUACAUAAUAUGUACAAACGAUUUACAGUAACUGUUGUCAGUUAUUGCAAAAAAAGAGAUUUCGGAAAUAAACGCUAAAAGUUUAAUAUACGCCGCGGCGUUUAAGCGAAUCAAUACGGUAAGUGUAACGUUAAUUUGUGCGUCUUUAAUUCCCAUUAUUUUGGACACACUUCUGACAUUCUUGACACCUAAGAAAGAGGAGUAUUUUAUCAGCGUGGAGAUCCGCACGUUGCAGUAAAACUGUCAAGAACCCACGAAGAUUGGCUAGAUUUCUUCGCUUGAUCCCCUUCGUGCGUUUGGUGAAACUACCACGAAAAAGUUUCCAUUUCAGAUUAUACGUUCAACUUUGUCUCUGUUGGCUCAACAAGCUUAUUUCCUUUGUAAGCGCCUAGUUAAUUUCCUUCAUUUUGAAAUGUUGACCUUUCUUUCGCGUUGAUUUCCUUUAUUUGAAAGUCGUUUUCCACUAAAUUCGCGUUAAUUUCCAAUACUUUUAUUUCGUGGAGCGGUAAUUUCCUAUAAUAAGGUAAUUGUUUCUUUCUUUGCAGGUAACCCUUAAAUCACAAGCUCCCAGUCCAAUAGAAAAUGUGGUUCUCAGCGUCAUCUCCUCUCCUCCCAUCAUGUGCAAUAGAUCUUCUAUAGUGUUCCCAAUAAUUGGUAAGUAAUGCACGGUUAAUCCCUUUCUUCUUUUGCUUCCCUCCUCUCCCUCCAUCCGUUUCAUCCUUCUUUUCUAUCUCGUCCCUCAGUUUAUUUCUGUUUCUGUUAUCCCUAUUUUCAUUUUUUAUUCCUUUUUCCUCCUUCGUCCCCUCCAUCUUCCCUACCUCUCUCUUAAUUUGUUCCUUUCUUCGUGACGUCCUUUCUUCCUCCCCCUUCCGUCCCCUCCCUCCAUUUCUUUCUCCCUCUCUCUUUCCCUCUCUCGUCAGUGGCGGAUCCAGACCUCAGAUAAGGGGCGGGGGGUGGGGGGAGGAAGCGGUCAUCCAGACCCUGAGAUAAGGGGGGUGCCCGGUCUCAAAAAAAUUCUUUUCGGCCCUUCGGGCCUCAGUCUUGUCUGAAGUUAAGUAAUGGGGGGCGGGUCCCCCCCCCCCCCCCCCCCCCCCCCCCCCCCCCCCCGUCCCCCCCCCCCCUUUUUUUUUUUCUCUUCCCCCCCCCCCCCCCCCUCUUCCUCCCUCCCCCCCUCCCUCUCUCCUCUCCCCCCCCCUUUUUUCCUCCCCCCCCCCCCCCUCCCCCUCUUCUUCUUCCCCCCCCCUGUGUCACAACCGCUUCCACAUGAGUGCGGUGGGCUGGGUAUGCGAGUGCUUACACAGCACCUGAAGAUGCGGGUGGGCCCUUCUCUCAAAUUCUCUUUUUGCUCCCUCCGGCCCCCCGUUUUUGUCUCGAUAACUGAUGGGGGGGGCGGCCCCCCCCCCCCCCCCAGGAUCCGCCACUGCUCCUGGUACCUCCCUCAAUUUCUUCAUUUCAGUCUUCCUCCCUUCCUCCCUCUUUCCUCAUCCCUCCAUGUCUUCCUUCCGUCGUGCCGCCGUUUUUCCUCGAUCCGUCUACCCUUAGCAUUCUUUUAUCCUCCCCUCCUCCCACAAUUUCUCUCUUUACUCCUCGUUUCCCCUACCUUCCUCUUCCCCUUUCUUUCCCUCCUCUUUUUUUUUAUCAUUUCUUUACUUUCAUUCUACCUUCCUCAAUCCAUUCAUUUCUCUUCCGUAACUUUCUCCCUCUCAACCUUGCCUCCGCCCUUUCCUUCUCAUUAUUAGUUUGUUUAUCCAUAGAAUCGUUUUUGUUUUUUACAGGUGACAGAAGUGAACCCGUAUCUGCAGAAGUGUCAUUUUAUUCUCGUGGGGGAUCAAUCCCAAGUUCUUUAAAAGCGCACAUCACAGCCACAUAUCUUACAAACACUGGUGAGUUAUCCUGCUGAAUCUGCCGUUACUUUUGUCUUCUGGACGUCAGAUACAAUGAACCCAGUAUUAUUAGUUAAUGCUGAUAACUACAAUUUAACUCUUUUCACUGCUAAUAGUAGCCAAAAGAUAGAAAUGCUUAUUAAUUAAGAGUACUAAGGUAAAGUUCUGCCAAAGAACUGUCAUUUGAAUGGCAACACCAUUCGCCACUUUAGAAACGAGAAAGGGACUGGAGCCGAAAUGUUUCCCGCAAUUGAUUUUGGGAUUGUUACUUGGGACGCGCCGGUCAGCUAUUGGCCAAUUUUUUCCGUCCCUAGUAUCAGUCCCAAAAGUCUUUGCAAAAGUUUCGGCUCAGUUUCCUUGUUUCUUUAGUAGCGAAAAGGGUUUCGUCAACAGAUUUAGAAGUACUCAGAGUGACAAAAAUUCUACUUAUAUCUUGGUGUAAGGGGGUGUUUACAUGAGAAAACUCGCACUAGCGCGAGUUUCGUAUCGGCAUGACUUUUUGAUUUCGUAUCGCGUUUACAUGAUCAUGGGUCAUUUCAUAUCUGGGUUAUUUGAAGGUACACUUCAUGCUGAUUAAAUACACGUGCGAUUCAAAAUCGCAAACAUUACGCAUACGCUACCUGUUCCAGGUCACCGGCAGACCGAAUUCACACCGAAGCGGGUGGUCGUAUCGCGUUUACAUGAUACCGUUGCGAGAUUUCGUACCGGAGUGAAAUUCUCGCCCCGGUACAAGAACUGGGGUGAACUCACGCCGGGGUGACUCGCGCCGGCAUUACAUUUUGUGGUGGUAUCAUGCAAACAAAUGUAGAGCCAUGAGAGGGAACCGGAGUGAACUCGCGCCGGCGCGAAAGUCGCCCUGGUGUCAUGUAAACACCCCCUAAGAAUGGCAAGAUUUGGACAAUAACUGCAGAUUAAAUCCACUGUGCUAUUUGUCCUCAUCUUUGAAGAAAAGUGACUGCUAUUUCCAUGACACAGAAUCCACCUUUCGAACUAAAAUCUAUACAAAUAUUGUACACGUUCUCAAAAUAUCAUAGAUGAAACACAUCUUUAACAUAGUAGAAUAAAUGUGUAGUCAAAAAAGCUUAUUUUACUAACAUGUAAAGUUGUGAUGGCUUUUUUCAGAGGCUCCUCGAGUCGUUCAAACAGAUAUCCACUUCCCACUAAGCGUUGUUUGCAAAGCCUGUCCACCUACGAAGAAUGCUAACCAUAAGGUGAAGAUUUAUUUCUUUCAUUUUAUCCAUGUUUUACCAGUUAGACAGGUCUGUCACAGAAAUUAACUCUUUCACUGCCAAAAGUCAACAAAGUCAACAGUUGGCAAAAUUUCCAAAUUUUAUUUUGUGAAAUGUUGAAGAACAAAUAGUACCGUGUGAAAGUACUAGCAAAGAGGUCUCAUUUGAAUGGUUACACAUUAGGAUUUCGUCCACAGACUCAAAAGUUAGAGCCACCUUACCAGAUGCCAUCUUGUUCUCUGUACUGAAAGGCUCAACAGCAUACGUGUGUGGAGUUGAUCUAGCCAUUACAGGGCUCAAAAUAAUGUUCGGCCAGAAUGGCGACGUGACUGGCCAGAAACUUCACUCGCCUGUCAUGUUGACCGGUCACGCGACAUUUCGCGAUACCACCAUUAGUUGCCAUGCGAAAUGACGUCAAAGGAACAAUUCAUAGACGGUCCCCAAUAGGGUUCUUCGAUCCCGUAAUCCCGACCCAAAAUUUCGUGCAAUCCCCUAAUCCCGGGGGUUAUUUUUGGCAUCCCGCUUCCCGUGUAUACUUUCUAGCCCGAUUCUGGCCCCGAUUUUUCUUUAAAAUCCCGAAUCCCGAGCUUCAAAUAAGGGAAAUCCCGGAUCCUGAAAAACCCACUGAGGACCCUCUCCAUUCUGAUGACUCUUCGCUACCCAGAUCUGGGUAGUUUUUCUGAUAAGUUGAAAAUUUGCUUCAUCGUUAUCACUUUGUUUUCUCGCAGCUUACGAUAGAUACAAACAAGUCACCAGCAAAUCUUGCAGAGAUAUUUUCUGGUAAGCUAUUGUGAAAAAUCUUUCUGUUCGCGUAUUUCGCUGUACGUUUAGCGCUACUUUCUUUGAGAGAAAGCAACGGUUUUCGCGCAGUUUUCUAAUUUUCUCACUAUUGUCUUUUCCAGAUAUGGUUAAUGACGCAGUUAUUCCCAUGGCUGCAGUUGGUAUACAGUAUUACGGCGGCCCCGUCGUCACCAUCCUGGCGUCUAAAACUUCACGUAGGUGUUACGGACGUGUCCUAUUGUUUCCCCUUGAAACGAUUAACCGCCCCCGCCCCACCCCCUUCACCCUAGCCGCAAAUAGCAUUCAGUCAUUGAACAAUGUUCGUCCAAAAUUUGCACUUCCUAAUACAAUUACAAAAACUAAAAAUCAUUGAAAUAGAUGUCUGACAACAUUUCUAGUUUGCCUUAUAGCCUGUUCCAGGCGUUCGCUUGGAACAGGCUAUUUGCCUUACUGAAACUGUAACCUGGUCAAACAAAUGUCUUGCCCCCCCCCCCUCCCCUCCCCUCCCCCUCCUUCUCCUCAUGCAUUACGUUUGUGGUAGCUUCGUCAGUGGAAUAUAAAACCAAAUUGUUUUGUUAUAGAGCGGUUUUGCGAUUGACGCGAUCGCGAAUGGUUUCGUUUUUCAAUGUUAUGCCUCGCGAUUGGCUAAAAAAUUUCUGCUCCUUUUUCUCAACCAAUCAGAAGUAAAACAACAAUUGUCUUCCCGCACUAUAAGCUCUUGCUGUUUCUCGUGUUUGGAGCCAAUUCUGGGAAUUGGCUUUCAGAUCCCACUGGUUUAUUUUAUGACCCUGAGUGUAGUGAUAUUGGUAUUACGACGCACACUGAUCUUAUGAACAAUUUGUAUUUUGUCAUAUUUUUAAUUACUCGGAGUCGGUGUAAAUAGAUUAGCUAAUGAUCUUAUAGCAGAAAGGCGCUUGGAAGAAAUGUUCUCAUUUAGUAAAUAUUAAUUUUACUGGCAAACGUCGAUUCGCCCCUGUUAUUUUGAUUUACAGCAUUGCAAGAUAUACGUAGUAGAUCUUAGUACUGUGACACUCUGAGUAAAUUGUUAGCAUCACAAGUGUUUAGGUCUUAAGGUAAAUUGCGUUGACUUAUCCCCAUAGAGAGAUACAGAAUUCAGUGUGAUGUGUUUCAAGGAAUGUGGCUUAUUCUGUGCGAGUUGUGCAAGCGGUUAGAAGCAUUUUACAAGAAGAACAAGGUAAAACGAGUGGUUUUUAGGGCUAGUGUCUGAUUUACAUACACAACCUAAGCACAUGUAGGUCCUUCUCGUGUUCGAUAUAUCACUGCUCGGUAUUGGGAUAUCGGACGAAACAUUGCCUCCUCUUUAAUAAUUAUAUUAGGUCUUGUUGUUUGGAUACCAGAUGGAGCGCUGUUUUAGGUGUUUGAUAUGUUACUUCUCAGUGUUGGCUGACAUAUAUACCACUUCUAGGGUUCUGAUUAUCAGAUAAAACAUUCGUCCUGUUUGAUUUAUUAGUUCUCAGUGUUUGGAUAUCAGAUGAAACACUCCAUCUCGUGUUUGAUAAUUAUCGGUGUUAGGAUAUCAGAUGAAACACCUCUCCUCGUGUUUGAUAUAUCUGAUGAAACACUCCUUCUCGUGUUUGAUAAUUCUUGGUGUUUGGAUAUCAGAUGAAACACUCCUUCUCGUGUUUGAUAUAUUAGUUCUCGGUGUUUGGAUGUCAGAUGAAACACUCCUUCUGAUGUUUGGAUAUCUGAUGAAACACUCCUUCUCGUGUUUGAUAUAUUAUUUCUCGGUGUUUGGACACCAGAUGAAACACUCCUCCUCGUGUUUGAUAUAUUAGUUAUCGGUGUUUGGAUAUCAGAUGACAUGCUCCUUUUUCGUGUUUGAUAUAUAAUACUUAUCGGUGUUUAGAUAUCAGAUGAAGCAGUGCGUCUCGUGUUUGAUAUAAUAUUACAUCUCGGUGUUUUUAAACAUCGAAUGAAGUACUGUAUCUCGUGUUUGGCAUGCUGCUUCUCGAUGUUUGGACAUCAGAUGAAAUGCUCCUUCUCGCGUUGAUAUAUUACCAGUCGAUGUUCCGACAUCGGACGAAACACAGUGUCUCCUGUCUGAUCUAUCACGUGACCUUUCGCAGGACUCCGUACAGUUCCGAGCGUCGUUCAUGGGACCUUUACCUCUUCAGGAGUAUUACGAACUUAUAGAUGCACACUUCGAGGUACGACUUCAUCUUCUUGUUUUUUUCGAGUGAAGGUUGUCAUUGUUCUGGCCCCUGUAACUUUCUUUGUAUAAGAUGACUUGAGCUUAUUUUGUAAAAGGCCGUAUUCGUAUUUUUGGAAACUUCAUGUGCAAUCCUUUGACUUUCCUAAAGGGCUCCUUUGCGAACGCACGAGGAGAUUUAAGGCGAGGUUAUGUUGAUUUUGUACAUUACUUUAUUUGCAGCAACGUCGUAAUCAGACAAAAUACCGCGAGCUGUUAGCACAGCGGGCUCAACAGUUCCGAACUAUUCAAAGAAGGCUAUUAACGCGGUUCAAAGACAAGACUCCGGCACCCCUUGCAAACCUCGAUACUCUGUUGGAUGGGACUUAUAGACAGGUAACCAAAUUAAAAAAAAAAUACUGGAGAAAGAUGUUUUGUCCUUCAGUGACACAGACGGCUCGGAAGAAAAAGUACGAUUACUCCUCAUAGGAUUCGAAUCUGUGGCCUUCUGGGUACUAAUCCAGAUGUUUUACCACAGAAGACUCGUUUGAGCUUAGUCCAUUGAAGUAAAUACAAAAAAAUAGUUACUUCGUCGGCGAAGUAUUUUGAACGGAUAAAAAUUAACUUUGUCCUGUGAAAAGCGUCGUCCACCCUUUUAACAAGUGCGGCCUGUUAACACCUUUGUGUUAGAGCUGUUCAGCUAAUGGGCUUUGCCACGCUAUUUUCUAUCUUUCCAAAAAGCUAAAACGUGUAUUCACGUCAAAUAAAUUCAAAAGCUAAUGGUCCAAGUAUACGUUUCUGGGAAACUGCCUACCUACCCCUCCCCUAAGCCAACAUUAACACUCACUUCUCACUUAGGGCAAACUGUUGGCUUAGGGGAGGAGGUGGGCAGUUUCCCAAAAACCUACCCCUCUCCUAAGAACCAUCAUGGAUCAUUAUACGUUUCUGGGAAACUGCCCACCUACCCCUCCCCUAAGCCAACAUUUUGGCAAGGAUGGACAUGGAUAGGUUCGAUUUCCGCCGUCUCCCAGGUCCGGUUUUUGAUUCUCUCUGAAGACAGACUCUCUCUCUCUCUCUUUCGGAGGGAUGAGUGCGAGCAGGAGCCGAUUACAGAGGCUGGUAAUCAAGCUUAAGACAUGGAUUGAAAUUUGACAAAUUUAGCCUAAAUGCUAUGCCUGCAGAAAUUGCCAAAAAAAUGGUCAGUGUUCCCUGAUGAACUUUCUUUGAUACCUUUUUCAACUCUACAAUAGCAUUUUGUGUAUGAGUAAAGGGACUUAGUAAUAACUUCAGCACAGAAUUGACCUAAAACAGCAACAUCCUCGUGACAUACUGCGUUUAACUUAGAGCAACAUUUGCCAGGAGACUGAGUAUAGAGUACCUGUGCUUAAUUCUCUCCCCAGCUUUUAGCGUUAGGAGAGGCUGAGGAGGACUGUGAUCGAGCUAUUGAGGCGGCAGCUGCCAAUUUAUCGUGUGGUACACGACUUGUAAAUUUUCUGAUCAAGUAAGUUCUAUUUUUUCAGUAGUCUGUGACAUGAGGGGGUAAUUUUAAAUCUGUAUUUGGCUGUCCUAAUCCAGAUUUUAUGGAAACUCCCCCAAAAUCAGAUUGCGCGUUUUGUUCACUCUGCGCCUGGGCUUCAACUAAUUUUUUACUUCUGCUGUUCGGUGAGCGCACGAGCGAAGCGAGCGCUCGAGAACAACUCCUUUCCUUACCCCCCAUCCCCAAACGCUUGUGGUCAAUAAAUCCCCAGUGGUUAUUAUUUUCAUACACACUCUCGAAGAUCUGUAACGAGAAAAUAGAGGGUCUGUGAACAGGCUAAUUGUUACUACAGUAUUCUAAGAUAUACAGUUUUAAAGAUUUUAAAGUCGUCGACAUAUUCAUAGCUGAACUUUUACCUAUAAUAACUAGCAUUACAUAUCUUCGAAACGCUUAUAUUGAUAUUUAUAUUAUAUUUUUUUCUUUGAACUUACCUUAUGAAGCGAGUUUUAGUAUUUAGGUGAAGUUAUUAUCGGAGCACGUAAGAUUAAGUUGGCGCCCCUUAAGAGUAUUUCUGUUGGGAAAUCAGAUUUUUGAUGAGCAAAAUCAAAAAUCUUAGCUUCGCAAAUCACUAAGGGUAAUUUAACUUGAGCCACCAACGGAACUAAACUUCCGGUUUAGUUGUUCGAAAGGUAUAUAACACUAUCCAAUGGAGAUAUCUCUAUCCGUUGAAUAGCGCAAUUGGUUUUCUUAAUACUUAUCCGCUUGAAAGUGAUUUAUCCGGUGGAUAGCGCUAUCCAACAUUUGAACAACUGGGGCCUGAGUGGGUCUGUAAAACGGCGACGAAAUCCUUGUUUUGGGUACCCACCUGUGUAUCAUGAUUCGAAUACGCGCCCUGAUUGGCGUGUUAAAAAUCCCAUUGUCGAUUUGCCAAUCAUUUUGAAGAGAUGUUCGAAACCCAUUUCCGGUAAUUCGUUGAAUCCGAUGGGGCUAUAUCGACGCUACUUCGCAGACGUUACUAACAGGGGUUGGAUUACGUCUGCGACGUAGGCUAAAGGUUGAUUUCCACUGACGGGUUUUUGGCUACGCACCUUAACGCACGUAAAUUUUAAUCACGUAAAUAAAGUAGAGGCAAGAUAAAAAGUGCUGAGCUUAAACGAGAAGUUGAGCGAGGUUCAACUUUAACGCUUACGAGCGACCUUUCAUGCAUUGCCUCUAUUUUAUUUGCGAACGUAAAUUUUACGCACUCACGUACGUAAAAAUUACGCGACACUGGAAAUCAACCCUAAGGGUGAUGAAGCCAAACUCACGCUUUGCAUUCGUAUUUUGCAGAUUAUGGACCAACAUGUCAGAUAAAGACUUCGAGGUUCUCCAGACCGCCCUCUCACCGGAAGUGUCAGAGUCAGAGGAACAGGUAUGUCCUUAUUGUUACUGCAUACUUAAUGUACAAGUUUUCAAGUUUAUCUAUAUUGUUAUACCAGAAGGGUAACUUGUCAAGUCGCCUGAAAGUCAUCUCGCCCAAAGUUAUGUCGCAAAUAAUUUUGUUAGGUGUAAACAGUCAACGAAAUGAAGUUGCGAUGAUGAGACGUAACAAGCGCGAUAAAUGUGCGAUUUAUCUCGUUCUUUAAAGCCUUUAAAGCCUAGUCGGACCAGGAUCCGUAGUGGGGGAACUUGAACCGUUUCUACGAAUUCAGCUUUAAGAAAAUCAAUCAAAUGAAGCAAAUUCGGAAUUCUUUUCCUUUUCGCCGCUUUCGGGCCAAUAAACUCUUUGCUAUCUAUUUUCAACGUAAUCAGACAGAAAACGAUUUUUUUUUUCCAUUUUAUAAUUCGUUUGCUGAUAGUCAUUCGUUUAUAGUCAAACCUUGCAACAGUGCAAAAAAAUGUGCAUUUUCUAGAUUGGGAAAAUUAAUGACUUUCUUGUGGUGUUGUUGUUGUAGGGCUGGGAAGAGAUCACAGAUGCGGCAAUUACGCACCUAUUGCGGACCUGUUUAGCGAAAAGUGCAAAGGAUCAGGCCGGUUUGUGAACACCUUUUUUUGUGCCUCAGUUCGUUUAGGUUGAGUCCAUUACAAGGAGACAAUUCACUUAACAGGGUUCUCUAUUUUUCAUCGUAUUGGAUAAUGGGCCGGGGGGGGGGAGGAGCACAACUCUAUUAGUGUUGUUUCUUUCAUGUGCUGAUUAAUUGAUUGAUUGAUCGAUUGAUUGAUUGAUUGAUUGAUUGAUUGAUCGAUUGAUUGAUUGAUUGAUCGCUUGAUUGAUCGAUUGAUCGAUUGAUUGAUUGAUUGAUCGAUUGAUUGAUUGAUUGAUCGAUCGAUCGAUCGAUUGAUUGAUUGAUUGAUUGAUUGAUUGAUUGAUUGAUUGAUUGAUUGAUUGACUUACCACAAAUGAAAAAGUGCCCAAAGAAAAACGUGAACUUUUAACAGAAAUGAAGACAAUAAAAUAACUCGAUAGAACUAGAGACACAUGGCACGCUGUACAGCCAACUCUCACUUAACGGACACCUCAAUAAAGGUUAAUUUCCACGGAGGCGUUUUUGGCUACGCUCGUUAACGCUCGUAAAUUUUAAUCACGUAAAUAAAAUAGAGGUAAGAUAAAGAGUGCUGAGCUUAAACGAGAAGUUGAGCGUGGUUCAACUUUUACGCUUACGAGGGACCUUUCAUGUAUUGCCUCUAUUUUAUUUGCGAACUUAAAUUUUACGCACGUACGCACGUAAAAAUUACGCGACACUGGAAAUCAACCCUAAGACGGACACUUUCCGAAAACGGACCCCUAGAGUUGGUCCCUGCCUUUCUGUGGUCAACUCUUUCUUCACGGACACCGCUAUAAGACGGACACCUAGAGUUGGUCCCUGGCUUUCUUUACUCCUUUCAUUUGACUCUCUAUCAGAUGGAAACCUCUCUAAGGGACACAUAGUGCCGGUCCCAAAGUUGUCCUUCUUAGAGAGAGUUGACAUUAUAUGCAAGUGGGUCCGUUAUAACGUAAUGUGGAACAUGAAGUCGAAAUUGUGGUGAAAACUUAUCGGGGGGUUGUUGUUGGGGGUGGGGGGUGGUGGAGCGAGUUUUUACAGGAAAAACUACCUGAAACCUCACAAAGGGUGGUUUUAUUUCUUUGUGCACAGUGGGUGUGUCAGCCAUGAAGAUCCCAAAAGACACAAGCAAACUAAAGAAACACAUAGCACUGAUGUGUGAUAGACUUAACAAGGGAGGAAAGCUGGAUCUGUCAUCACAGACUGGUGAACCCCCUGUACAACAACAGCAACAAAAGGCAGUCGCCCCCCUGGAACCUCUCAGUGAGAUGCAGGAGGAAGAAGAUGAGACUGGUUAGUGCAGGGGGACUGUAAUUUGUCUUUCCACAAAACAGCUACUAGCUCUUGUUUGCUAAGUGCUGGUACGUUCAUGGGGCCAGUUACAUAAAAGCUAACGUCAGACGUUAGCUAUUACACCCGAUGUCAAGAACCAGAAAUUGAAUUGGAAUUUGGAAGUGUUGGUUUUUGGGAAAAGCGGAAAACUCUCUCUCCUCCGCAAAGGCUCUCGCUGGGUAUCUCAAAAAAAUAGCAGUUUAAAUGAUAAAAUAGAAAGCGCCCAGGGGACGAUGGGAAGAGGGAAAGGCUUGUCUUUUCUCUUUCCCCUUCCCAUCGUGCCCCGCGCGCUCUCUUUUUCUUUCUCCCCAGCCCCCCUUCGACACAAAGAGGCCUCUGCGGAGGAAAGAGGGGAAAACCAGCAGAAGCACUUCUUCUGAGCAAGAAUGACACGUCAUGACGUAUUUCGUUACCUGCGGGAUCUAAACUUGGAGUACUUCGUAAAGAAAUCGCGAUGGAUUUUGUUUUCGUUGAAAGCUAUAGGAUACAAUUUUGUUGUAGCCAACUUCGUUUUUGAAGAUUUACCAAACUGAAUCUUUCCAGCAACAGCGAGGAAGGCAUCAGUCUGUCCUGUUUACCUUGGCCUCUGGGCUUAGGGCUGAGAAGACAAAGUGACCCUGACAUAAGGAACUGGGACCAAGGUGAAAACGAGGCUGCGGAUUCGUAUGGGUGCCUCUUUCCUGCCUCCUGUCGGAGUAGGGGAAGGUACACUUCUGGGAUAUCCCAGCUGUCAUUACAAUUCUUUUAACGACUAGAUCUUAUCCACGAUACUCGCCAUCUUUGCACGUGGUCAAGGACUGAUGGGAUGAAAAUACCACGUGACAGCAAUCCUAAAUCGCGCGCAAAGAUGGUGGGUAUCGUGAGUGAGGUCUAUUACUGAACUUUGUGAUAUGUUUCGGUAAUUUCCAGAUGGUUCGUCCUCCACUACAGAAGAGAACCGCUUAUCAGAACUGUCCGACACGGAAUCUUUGUCAAGUAGUGGCGGGAAACCACCUUCUCGCUUACCACAGCUCAAUCACUCAAAGAAACCUCUCCCAGACUUGAACAAGAGACUGUUAGUGACGCCCGGUUCUGAAGAGGAAAGCAUGGUUCUUAAGGGAGUGGGAGCGGCGGCUUCCAUAACAAACGGACUGCCCGAAGAUCACGAAAGAGCACUGUAACGCAAUGCGUCACGUAAUUUGUCACGCAAUCUAUCAAUAAUCCGACAUCGUACGUCACUGUUCCUUUUUCACCUUAAAAGGUUACGAAAUUUCUGUGGAUUAUCACCAAACGUAGCACAAUUAGAAGAUGGAUCGUCACACGAUGCAACUGUUUACUACAGAUUCAAUCUUUUAGCAUGCUCAAUACGGUUUUUAGCCAUACUGAAGUGUUUUAGAAUGACAUCUACUGACAUGUCACGCACCAGUAGAGGCCUAGAGCCUCUUCAGCUCGAUUCCAGGAUAAAUUAUGUAUAAUAUGUACAAAGUAUUAGCCCGAAAUUUUCUUUGUCGUAGUUAUGAAAGUUUUCCAUCGUUUCUUAUUCGAUAUCCAGAAAUCAUUUUUCACUGUUAAGUUAAAAAGGUAAUAAUUAUGCUAAAUUCGCACUCUUCCAUGGGAAAACUGAGCCACCCUUUUAAUAUAGGAAAAUACCCAGCCCUGCCACCAAGAUCCCGGUUGCUGUGCUCAAGUCAAGGUUUUUCGGUGACUACUUCCUCCCCUUGCCCCCUCCCCCAUCGUUUUCUGUGUCGUCCUCAGUUCAGCUUUCGCGCAGCUGUAAUUCUUGCUUCGAGAAACACAACAAAAACCGCCA